GCUGUUGACAGGAGGAGAGCGCUCUCCGGCGCAGUGAACUAACACUCAGUGUGUGCUUCAGCCAUGGCGGCCACAGGAGGAGGGAAAAUCAGAACAAGACGAUAUCAUAUCGUUUCUAAACCGUAUGCCAAGGGUAGACAGCAGCCUGGUUUAAUCAGCCGAGUAACAGACACCGUGAAGAGCAUAGUCCCAUCUUGGCUACAGAAGUACUUCAGAAACGGUGAGGUAGCUGAAGGAGGAGAGACUCAUGUACAGGUGGAGCAGAACAACGUACCUACUCCUCCCAAUGGCAGUCAGGAAGACAGACGUAAUCAGUCAGACAGACGCAACUCCCCAGAACCCAGCACCAGUAAUGCAGAACCCUCGACAAGCAGAGCAUCGCUGAACUUCCAGGACGCUCUCUCCAGACCUCCACUCAAUCGCUCCCACCUACAUUUCCCUUCCCAUGAUGGCUCCCCUGCCCUGGGGGGCUCUCUCUUCUCCCAGCCCUCCACAUCUACGGCUCCCUUUCCAGCCAGCCCCUUUGCUGUAAGCUCAAGCUUCUCGCUAGUGAAGGAGAUCAAGGACUCCAGCUCUCAGCAUGAGGAUGACAAUAUCUCCACCACAAGUGGCUUCUCAUCGCGAGCGUCUGAUAAAGAUGUACCCACCUCAAAGACUGCACCACUCCUCUGGUCCCCAGAGACAGAACGCACACCGUCCGGAUCACAGCUGGCCCACACUAGUCUGAAGAAACCAGCCUUCAACCUGUCGGUCUUCGGCACUUCCUCAUCAUCAACGAUGAGCAGUUCGGUGCUGAACUCAAGUCAGCUGGGGGAUUCUCCCUUCUAUCCAGGCAAGACUACGUAUGGAGGCGCCGCAGCUGCCAAGACGGCUCGUUCACGGCCGAGCACACCUUAUCAGGCUCCUGUGAGGAGACAGAUCAAGGCCAAACCGGCAGGAGCUCAGCCUUGUGGAGUGACCAGCGCCACAGCCAGACGCAUCCUACAAUCACUAGAACGCAUGUCCAGCCCUCUUGCUGAUGCGAAAAGAAUUCCAUCAACAAUUUCUUCUCCCUCAUCAACAUCAUUGAAUAAUACAGAUCUAGAUGGUAGUAAUUUCCAAGCUAAGAGGAAAAAGCUGGAACCGGCUGGCCCACCUGUGCAGAAGCUGGUGAUCCCAGCUGCCACAGCUGUGUCUGGUAACCGCUCCAUGUCUUUCCGCCCUUCGCUUACUCCUGGAUCUGUGAGCCGAUUGUUGGAAAAGGGCAGCAAGGAGACGCCUGUUAGGCGGUCCCCUCAGAUCCCAGAUGGCGUUUCAUCUGCUCCAGCAAGCACAAGUAGUCUGUUGUACCCGUUGUCCAGCACACCUGCUGCAAGUGUCACGGGUGCCGGUGGGGGCAAGAUGAAGCGAGAGAGGAGUGUCCGACCUUCCACCAAAAGACCUGACGAUGAGGUUGCUGAAGUGCCGAAUCUGCCUGCCGUUUCUCUGCCAAUCAGUAACUUCAAUCUGCCCACAUUCAGUUUCUCCUCCCAACUCCCUCCCUUGACACUCACCCCCAGCACCACGCCAAUGCCCCGGGUCUCUGAGCAAGCAUCCGUCAGCAAGGAGACGAAUGCCAUGUCUACACCUGCUUCUGUCUCGUUUACCUUUUCUUCACCCAUUGUCAAGGCAACAGCUGCCAGUCCAAUGUCUUUUUCUCCAUCAUCGGGAUUUACCUUCAGCGCACCUACUAUGAAAACCACAACUUCCAUGUCGAAUGGGAAACUUGCUCCAGCGAUAGUUACAUUAAAAAAACCCAGCGAAAGUAGUGAGGACUUUGAAGGGCCUUUCAAACCUGCUAAGGCCUUGAAGCAGGGUAGUGUUCUGGAUAUCCUUAAAGGACCUGGAUUUGCUUCUCCAACCCAGAACUCCUCGGAAACAGAAAACGUGAAGCCGACACGCAGCACAACUACAAAAAAAAUUUCUGGGUUUGGAGAGAAGUUUAAACCUGCAGCAGGAUCAUGGAACUGUGGCACCUGCCUGCUGCAAAACAAACCCUCAGACAAAAAGUGUGUGGCCUGCCAGGCCCCGCAGCCCAGCACAGACUCUUCCUCCAAAUCGGACAGUAAACCUGCGAAAGCCCCUGCUGCUAGUCUUAGUUCUUUGUUUGCCCCUCCAGCUGGAAGCUGGGAAUGUGACACCUGUAUGGUGCAGAACAAGCCUGAGGUGGUUAAAUGCGUAGCGUGUGACACGGCCAAGCCAGGCACUGGAGUAAAACCUGCCCUGACUCAGCCACCUGUCUCUGAGGUCUCCUCAACCCCUCCUACUACUACUUCUACCCCAGCCACCAGUUCCACUUCCACCACCACCAUCACCACCACAUCUGGACUGCUUAGUUUUGCUGACAAAUUUAAGAAGCCAGAGGGGGCGUGGGAUUGCGAUGUAUGCAUGGUUCAGAACAAAGCACAGGACGCUAAGUGUGUAGCGUGUCAGAGCGCUAAACCAGGAGCAGUGGCGACACCAUCCCAAGCAGCUUCAUCCCAGCCUCCUGCAUCCACGCCAGCAAGUACUGCACCUGUAUUGGGAUUUGGAGACAAGUUCAAGAAGCCUGAGGGCAGUUGGGAGUGUGAUGUCUGCUCUGUUCAGAACAAGGCUGAGGACCAGCAGUGUGUGGCCUGCCAAUCAGCCAAACCAGCCGCUAAAGUAGAAACCAAAGGUUUUGGCACUCAGUCAUCCAGCAUCAAGUCAAGCUCACCUGCUUUCAAAUUUGGUACUUCAAGUUCUUCAAAUUCGACCUCUGGGGAACUGAAAUUCGGUGGCACUUUUUCAGACUCCACCUCCACAGUGUCAUUUAAAUUUGGUAAUCCUUCAUCAGACUCCACUGCACCUUCUGCAGGUUUCAAAUUCGGUGGCUCGUCCUCAGAGACUUCAAGAGGAUUCAAAUUUGGAGGAGCCUCCUCAGAACACACUUCAACCGGCCCAAGUUCAACUGAGGCUUUCAAAUUUGGUGGUUCAUCAAAUGGCUUUAAAUUUGGAGCAGCCUCUACAUCCGAAUCUACAGGUGAAGGGAAAAAGAGUGAAUCUCAAAAUUCUGGUGCUGGUUUUAAAUUCGGAGGAAGCAGUGCAAUCAAUUUUGGCUCCAGUGCCACAAGCACUGCUACUACAGCUGCAUCAGGGGGUUUUGCGUUUGGACUCUCAAAACCUGAAGAGAAAACAGGUUCCAAUUCAUCGUUCAGUUUGUCAGCACCUAAAGCCAAAGCUGAAAAAGACGACGCCCCUCCUUCCACAGAAGCUGUUUCAGCCACUGCCAAUGCCGUCCCUGUUUUUGGCAAGCCGCCGGUGGCUGAGCCUUCCAGCGCUGAACUGUUUGUUGUAGAGGGAACCCCAUGGAUGACUUCAACCACUACUGUCAUGUUUAGUCAUCUGGAGGAGAAAAAGGAUAUCUCAACACCCUCAACUGGAUUUGUGUUCAGCACAGCCAAGGAGGCUGACAAACCUGCACCCUCCGUGGGCUUCAAUUUCAGCAAGCCGGACCCUCCAAAGGAACUCCCCAAACUUGCGUUUGCAUUUGGAAAAGCCACUGAGCCAAAAGAAACCCCAAAGCCUACAUUCGGCUUUGGACAGAAUGCAACAGACAAUGCAGCACCAAAUCCUGCAUUUGCCUUUAUGAGCAGUUCAUCCACCACCCCUGCCUCCUCCAGUCUUGCACCCAGCCUCUUUGGGACUCCCAGCAGUUCGAGCCUGGCCCCCACCCCUGCUCCAAGCAGUACUUUUAGUUUUGGCCAGAGCUCCUCUUCAGAUGCACCUUCCAAGGCUUUCAUGUUUGGGCAGCAGCAAGAAACCCAGCCAGCCCCCGCAGAACCCCCUGCCGCUCCCAAUCCAGCACCGCCAUUCGUCUUCGGUGUCGGGAACAGUUCGAAUACAUCGCCCUUCUCUUUCGGUGGUGCAGCCUCUACGCCAGCAACUACAGCCCCUGCACCCUCAGCAGCAUUCGGGUUUACUGCCACCACGUCCACCUCUGGCUUCGGCUCUGGACAGACACCGGCAUUCGGCUCCUCGCAGCCCACCGUAUCCUCUUUUGGAUCAGCUGCAUCCUCUUUCACAGCCACGCCGUCAGCAGCUCCUGCUUUUGGAACGAAGCCUAGUGCUCCGUCUGUGUUUGGUCAGCAGCCCAACUCAACACCUGCUUUUGGAUCAUCUACUGCCUCUUCUGGCCAAGGAGGCUUCCCGUUUGGAGGAGCCACUGCUUUUGGGGGGACUGGUAGCAACAACAGCAGUAUAUUUACCUUCGGAGCAGGAUCCGGAGCAACAGCAGGUCCUGCAGCAUCACCGGCCAUGUCUGCUCAGCCAGCAGUGCCUGGAGGAGGCUUCAGCUUCUCACAGCCCCCGGCCUUCAAUAUCGGGUCAGCAAAGAGUUCCAACACGGCGCCGAUCGGACAGCACGGCAUCGCCGGCCGCAAGAUCAAAACCGCUGUCCGGCGUAGGAAGUAAAUUUGGAAACGAGACAGACUGCCUCACCGUCGAACAAACACUGAAGUACUUAGUAUUCUGAGCUUGGUACACUCAUGGCUCCUUUUUUUGCUAGGAGAUUUGUUUUGCAGUCGAGGGUCAUUGGUAGACUGUGGAGCUCUGGCCUUGUGACUGAAACUCACAGAGACUCAAAAAUGCGAAAUAAAUCAAUACAAUCAAGCGAAAACCUUACCUUGUGCAGGAGCAGGUCUAUCUAUUUUCAGCAUCUGCAAUGUUGUCAGGAUUUACGCAUGACUUUUUUUGUAAAGAAUACCAUGCAAAAAAAAAUAAAAUAAUAAUUUAGGGAAGUGACAAAUAGGUUUUGCUUGGGUGAUCUGCAGGUAAAUCUGCACGUGGCAGAGAUGAGGACUAGUUGCUGUAUGUACAGUGAGGCGAGUGUUUCUAUGUACUGAAUGAAGCAUUUUUUCAUUUCUUUUUUUUGUGCACAUAUUUGUGUGUAUGUGUGGUUUCUUUGUACAUGCUGAAUUGUGCUGGUUGGAAACUAGAGGCAAAUGAAUGUGUUUUAAGGAAAGGGCUGGGUGGUGGUGUGGGUUAGACCCACAUGCUGUCGAUGGGUUGGUGAAAAAGGUAGCCCCGCUGCUCUCCUCAGAUCCAGUGUAAAUCUGCACUUCAAAUCUGUUCAAAUUCAUCGUUGAGUGCUUUCCCCCCCCCUUUCCCUCUCUCUAUUACUCUCCUGUUUUCUUGCUCUCAACUCUCUACACCUCAUCUUGCUCUUUGUCUCCUGCCUUUUGAAUAUUAUUAAAAAUUGUAAAUAGUAACUUUUUUUUUUUUUUUUUAAUCUGUGAAGUUUUUGUGUGUUAAACAAGCUUAUUUUUCAUUCGGCUUUUUUUUUUUUUUUUUUUUUGUCUUUUAGAAUUUAUGUAAAGCCCUUAAUUCAAAGUUACCCAAAUCCAUUUAUAACUGACCUUAAAUGCAAAUUGGGGAUCCUUUGAAGACUAAAGGUAUAUUGGCAUUUCUGAUCCACUUUUGUUUGGACCAAAACCAGUAUUGUAAAAAGUGUUAAGUAUAUAUUUUUCUAUUGCUUGUUUAAAUGGACUUAGGGUGACUUUGGAUAAUAAGGACAUCUACUUAAUUUUAAAGCCAUGAUAAUUAUUACUGAACGAGUGAUAAAUAAAAACAUGGAUAAUUGCCAUCAAUAAAAUGA